CUGACGACCAAGAUGUCCUCUGCCUUGGAGACCAGCUACUCUGACCUCGAGAACAGCAGCGAUGUGUCCUUUUGCCUCACUGAUGACGAAGGCAGCUUCAGCAGCCUCCCGGCUCCUUCCCUGGCCUCCCUGAAGCAUGCCGCUUCCUCAGAGCACAUCCCUGAGAAGUGUGAAGAAGAGAAAGAAAGGAAGAGGCGACGGGGCCGCACCAAGGUCAAGAAUGAAGCUGUCCUUCACACCAUCAAAAAGACUAGGCGGGUCAAGGCAAAUGACAGGGAGAGGAAUCGCAUGCAUAACCUCAACGCUGCCCUGGAUGAGCUUAGGAGCGUCCUGCCAACCUUUCCAGAUGACACCAAGCUGACCAAGAUAGAAACGCUGCGCUUUGCCCACAAUUACAUCUGGGCCCUCUCAGAGACUCUGAGGCUGGCUGACCAGCGCCUCCAGAAACCUCCCAAAGAAAUGCUUCUGCCCAGCUAUUUGAGUUCCACCGACCCGCCCAGCCCUGGCAGCGAUGCAGGCUCCUGGAUGUCCAGCACAUCUCCUUCCGCUUCCUCUCUUUCCGCCUGCACGUCCAACCCUAGCAGCCCAGCAACUUCUGAAGACUGUUGUUAUGGGCGCGCGGAGAACCUCUUCUCCUUCCACAGCCUCCCUAAAGACUUGUUGCAGAGCUCCCCUUGCUUUGUGCAGUAUCAUUAGGGGAGGCCCUUGAGGGUGUGGGGAUCCCACUUGAGAACACUGAAGCAAAACCUCCUUUUUCUUUUUG